UCUGUAGCAUAGAGCGAUGCAGUCGGAGCUGUGGUUGGCUUGGUGGGGCAGCCAUCAUUGCUGCUUCCACAGGACGCUUGCUGGGCCCCGGGAAGAACAAAGAUGGAGUCAGUCAGAGGCUGGGAGGAAAGUGUUUCAAGGCUUGUUCGGGCCCCAGUGCCCGAAAUGCAGAGUGGGGUUGCCUUUCAGCUUAAGUGGUGUGAGGUUGCUGAUGGAGAGUGCUUCUCAAUUGCAAAUGAAGGUCAGAUUCUCCUUGGAAAGUGAGCAGGGGUUCAGGGCUGUCUCAGGUGCAAAGGUACACUGCAGCCUUGGAAUGUGUUUGGAAGGAAUGAUGUGAUCUGACAGGUUUUUGGCUGUGUGUGUGUGUGUGCGCGUGCGCGUGCGUAUGCGUAUGCGUGUAUUUGAACUCAGGGUUUUGUUCUUGCUAGGCAGGUACUUUACCAUUAAAGCCUUACUCCCAGCCUCUUGCUAGGGCUGCCUUGAGACCCUGUGGUCCUCCUACCCUACCAUAGCCCAGAGGUGUGUUCCACUUUGGUAAGGCCUCUUCUAGGGGCAGGGAUAGGAAUCAGUUGCUUGCCGAGGAUAUGGACAAGGCAGUAGACAGCCUGCUCAGAGCGCUGACUUGGGUUUGGGGAGGGCUUUGAGUUGCAGGUACCUGUUUACCUGUGUGCUGCUUUUUGUGGCCUUUCUGUCAGCUGUCUAAAGUAUCUGAUCCAGCUAAGCUAAUUUGUAGGUCUAGUCUAGGGAAUCUGUCCUUGGCUUUGAGUCUUGGCCGGUAGGCCUGGCUCUUGGCCGGUAGGCCUAGCUCUUGGCCUUCCCACUUUUUCUGCCUUCCCACUUUUUCUUCCUACGCAGGUUUUUAUUGGAACGUGAGGCCCACCCGUCCAAAGGUCACUCUGACUCUGGGUCACUGGCCCUGGGGAGGCUGGGACUGAGUAAUGUUAUAGGAAUGUGGCCAGCCAGUGACUGCAGUUAAUACCUAGGUCAUUUAAAUGACCACUCCCUCUGGGAAAGGGAAAUCCGGCCUCGAUCGCUCAGCCCUGGGGCUACAGCAGCUUCCCCGCCCGGUGGUCUGAGAACAGGGGUGUGUUUGUGAAGCAUGCUGUCUCCUACCCCAGAGGAACCGCUGCUGCUGGCGGAACUCAAGCCCGGGCGCCCCCACCAAUUUGAUUGGAAGUCGAGCUGUGAGACCUGGAGCGUGGCCUUCUCCCCUGACGGCGCCUGGUUUGCCUGGUCUCAAGGACACUGCAUUGUCAAGCUCAUCCCCUGGCCGUUGGAGGAGCAGUUCAUCCCCAAAGGGUUUGAAGCCAAAAGCCGAAGCAGCAAAAAUGACACAAAAGGACGAGGCAGCCCGAAGGAGAAGACACUGGACUGUGGGCAGAUUGUAUGGGGGUUGGCCUUCAGCCCCUGGCCUUCUGCACCCAGCAGAAAGCUCUGGGCACGCCACCAUUCCCAAGCACCAGAUGUCUCUUGCCUGAUCCUUGCCACGGGACUCAACGAUGGACAAAUCAAGAUCUGGGAGGUGCAGACAGGGCUCCUGCUUUUGAAUCUUUCUGGCCACCAAGAUGUCGUGAGAGAUCUGAGCUUCACACCCAGUGGCAGCUUGAUUUUGGUCUCUGCAUCACGAGAUAAGACUCUUCGAAUCUGGGACCUAAAUAAACACGGGAAGCAGAUUCAGGUGCUGUCGGGCCACUUGCAGUGGGUUUACUGCUGCUCCAUUUCCCCGGACUGCAGCAUGCUGUGCUCUGCGGCUGGAGAGAAGUCGGUCUUUCUGUGGAGCAUGCGGUCUUACACAUUAAUCCGGAAGCUAGAGGGCCACCAGAGCAGCGUGGUCUCCUGUGACUUCUCCCCCGACUCAGCCUUGCUGGUCACGGCCUCUUACGAUACCAACGUCAUUAUGUGGGACCCCUACACUGGCGAGAGGCUGAGGUCCCUGCACCACACCCAGCUGGACCCUGCCAUGGACGACAGCGACGUCCACAUGAGCUCCCUGAGAUCCGUGUGCUUCUCUCCUGAAGGCUUGUACCUUGCCACGGUGGCAGAUGACAGGCUCCUCAGGAUCUGGGCUCUCGAGCUGAAAGCUCCGAUUGCAUUUGCCCCCAUGACCAAUGGGCUUUGCUGCACGUUUUUUCCACAUGGUGGAGUUAUUGCCACAGGGACGCGAGAUGGCCAUGUCCAGUUCUGGACUGCUCCUAGAGUCUUGUCCUCACUGAAGCACUUAUGCCGGAAAGCCCUGCGGAGCUUCCUGACCACUUACCAAGUCUUGGCACUGCCGAUCCCCAAGAAGAUGAAGGAGUUCCUCACAUACAGGACUUUCUGAGCCACAAAUCCACCUUCUUGGCAACGAAUCCGCUGGCCUAACAGGCCAAACAUCGGGUCUGAUUGGAAUGGAACUUCUUUGGGAUUGUGAAUGGCAUGUAGUAGGCCAGAUCCCAGAGGACUAGCAAGCCUCUCUCCAGGGCACGCACAGGUCUGGUGGAGGCGCCAUUCCUGCAGUGACACAGUCCACUCGUGAAUGGCAGAUGUCAGUCCUUCUAGUCAUUUUGUUUAAAGUGCAGUUCUUGGUGUUUUGGUAAUAAAAGCAAGCAGAUCCCCAGAGCCUCUCCUCGAGGGCCAUACCCCCUUGGCUGGAGGUGGUAGCUGCCUGUGAUGGCAGAGCACCUGUCACAUGGUUAGCAUGGUUUUAAGCUCCUGCGGUGGUGAAGGGCCUCUAGCCAGCAGGACCAGCUUCCCAUGGAGCUGUUUGGUCUAAGAUGUUAACUGAGUUACAGAGACCAGAGGCCUGUCCUGACCGAUGUUGACACUAUUACUGGCUUGUUUUUUGUUUUUUAAAGCAGUGGUGUGCACGUGCAGAUGACAAAUUUGUAUGUCAGAUUGUAGAAGGAUGUUUCUAAACUGCAUGACUGUUGAAACAGCUACUGAGUUGUCAGCUGCUGGCCACUUGUGAGCAUCGUAUUUAUUUGUAUUUCUCAACAGAUGUUAAGGUACAACUGCGUUUUUCCCACUGGCAUCCAAAAAUUCAGAUACUUAAGGGACCACUUGUGAGGACGUCUUUGCUGUGACAAGUGCUGUGUCGGUCACCUCUCCAGCCCAUCCCCAUGUGUACGACAUCUUUGCUGCUUGACCUCAUCAGCCAAGUUCAUCCACCCCGAAACAGCUCUCAAAGUCCUGUUCUCCAUCCAGUGGCCUGUAGUUCCCUGAUCAAACACCUCAGACGAAAAUCUGCCUUAGGAAAUGUAAUAUAUUUUAAAUUAUUUUAAAAGAAAUGUACCAUCUUA